CUUUUUCUUCCUGGUACAAACCAUGCUAUCUCCUGUGUAAAAUCAGCCCGUAGUGAUUCCUGUCAGGCAAGCCUACCUCAUAGACUAUAAAUAUAAAAAUAUACAGUAUGUGGCUCAUCCCUACACGUUAACCUGACAAAAUACGCCGGGGGCUGACUUUACCCACGAGCCACCGUGCUUCGCGUGUUCGUCUGGCUGGCGGAGCACACGCAGUGUGGAGCUAGCUAGCUAGGAGCUAGUUUUUAGCCUGUGUUGUGAUGGGGAGUUUGAGGGUGUUGGAGCUGUACAGCGGCAUAGGCGGCAUGCAUUAUGCUUUAAAAGAGAGUGGCGUACCUGCCCAGGUGGUGGCUGCAGUGGAUGUCAACACCAUAACCAAUCAGAUCUACAGCCACAACUUCCCUGACACGCCUCUCUGGUCCAAGACCAUUGAGGGACUAACACUAGAUGACUUCAACAAGUUAGCCUUUGACAUGAUUUUGAUGAGCCCUCCUUGCCAGCCUUUCACCAGAAUAGGACUACAAGGCGACAUCUCUGACCCCAGAACCAAGAGCUUCCUCUACAUCCUCGAUCUUCUGCCAAGGCUGUCUAAGAUGCCCCACUUCAUCCUGCUGGAGAAUGUGAAGGGCUUUGAGACCUCCUCUGCCAGGGAAUGUCUGGUGAAAACACUGAGGGAGUGCGGAUAUACUUUUCAGGAGAUGUUGAUUUCACCCACAUGCGUUGGGCUCCCAAAUUCCAGAUUGCGUUAUUUCCUGAUUGCCAAGGCUUCUCCAGGAAACUUUUCAUUCCAGACACACUCAGAGAUUUUAGACGGCUUCCCGCCUCCUGUUGAGAACGAUGCCUCAGAUCUGCCCGCAGGGUCAGAUCCUUUGUGUCCAAGCACCUGCCAGCAGGAAGAGGACGUGGAGGAGGGCGGCUUCUUGUAUAAACUAGAGACAGCGAAGGAAGUGCGGAGGAAGUUAAAUCAGAACAGCAAUCUAACGGUCCGGCAGAUUCAAGACUUCCUGGAACAGAGGACAGAGGAAGAGAUGGCACGCUACCUCCUGCCUCCCAAAACUCUGCUGCGCUACGCGGUGCUCAUGGACAUCGUCAGGCCUACCUGCAGGAGAUCUGUCUGCUUCACCAAAGGAUAUGGACACUAUGUGGAGGGAACAGGCUCAGUACUGCAGUCCUGCGUGGAGACAGAGAUGGAGAGUGUGUUUAAAGGUCUGGACCAGCAGCCUGAGGAAGAGAAGCUCCAGCGGCUAUUGAAGCUGAAGUUACGUUACUUCAGCCCCAGAGAGAUUGCCAACCUCAUGGGUUUCCCCCAAAGCUUCUCUUUCCCAGAGCAGAUCUCCACCAAGCAGCAGUACCGAGCUCUGGGGAACAGCCUCAAUGUCGUGGUGGUUGCCAGGCUCAUCCAGCUGCUGGUCUCUUAGCAUGUGGAUGGAAUGGACUUCUUCUUCUCCUGUGGUUUGGGCAGUGUAACGUCCCUCCAGUGGCUGAGAGUAAUGGCUGUGAUGACCCUGCACGUCAUCAGAGUUGAGAAGAACUUCCUGAUUGGUAGGGACGCCUUUAUCAAUGACAAACGGAGCUUGAUUCAGUGUGUGGCUCAGUUAGCUGCACUGCACUCUCAGGACAUAACAUGUUUUAAAGGGAAGCAAAACAAGGGUCCCACAGAAAGCACAGAAUGAUGGAGAUAUUUUUCAAGAGAAGAAAAAGAAAAUACAUAUUGUUUUGAAAAUGUAUGUACACUUGUUAUGUAUUUUAUUAGUUUGUGUUAUAACAAACUGAUUUUCUAUGGCAAAUAAAUAAUAAACCAUUGGUACAUUG